UAGAUAUCGACAUCAGGCAGUGAAUAUUGCCCAUUUUUUUGUGCACAAGAAGUCAAGCAUUUUAGCCUGUAAAGCGUAUUAUAACGCAAAUCUUCAAUGCUGAUCGGCGCUUAAUUUUUCUUUAUUUUUUUCUUUUACUUUUCUUUGUGUCUAAAUUGAUCAUUUAUUUACUAUUGUUUUGUUUGUGUCUCACCUUUAUCAAUUUGGCUGUUUAGCUUUUCCUCAUUUUUACAUUCACCAUUUUUAUAUUGUUUAUCUUUCCUUACUCAGCUGCAUCCCAUAGAAUCUUCUCUGAUGCCAUCAUCUGAUCAUUCAUCAACACCCAAUACAACUUCAUCUUCCAAGAAACAACGAAACAGCCAACCAGCCGCAACGGAUGGGAAAAACAUCGUUGCCUUGCCUCCAUCAGAUGGUGUCAUCACUGAUAGAGAUUUUUUGACUAGGCUACCGGCUAAAGAAGGGAAUGAUCUUUAUGUUGGUGAUAUUAUAUGGUCCAAAGUGGCCGGUUAUCCGUGGUGGCCUUGCAUGAUAACAUUAGAUCCUCAAACUGGCAAAUAUUCAAGACCAGGGGGUAAUGCUGAAAAAUCAGGACAUCUUUACCAUGUUCAAUAUUUUGGUUCAAAAGCUCUUAGAAGCUAUACUUCACCUGGAUUAACUAUGCCUUUUGAAGGCCGAGAGAAAUACGAAUUGGAGCUUGAUAGAAUUAAAAAUACCCCCGGAACUCAGAAGGCCCUUCGUAAGCAGGCUUUGAGUAGGCUUGCUAUUAAGCCUAGUUUUAAAAAAGAAUGGAAAUUUGCAUGUGAUAAAGCUGAAGAAGCUCUCAAAUUAGACCGGGAAACUCGCAUCAAACAGCUUACAUUUGAAUAUGUCGUCGUUAAAAGUGAAAAGACACCAUCAAAAAAAGAAGAAGUCAAGACACCUAAAUCUAAGAAAAGCAAAAAGCCAGAAAAUCCUCUAAAUGUUUACGAUUUCAGUGAUGGUGAUGAAGAUUUUGAAGAAGAAGGUACAUCGCCUACUCUAUGUCUAUGGAGCCAGAAGCGAGCUAAUCGAAAAGGAGACUUUAGUGUAUAUGCUGCUCAAACAAGACCUAAACUUGUCGAAGAAAAACCUGAUCUUAGUGAAGAAGAACUGGAAAAAAUGUUAGAAGCUCGGUGGAAUAAUAUGUCAGAUGAUCUGAAGGCAAAAUAUUUUGUCCGUGAAGUAAAUGGUACUGAGGAGACGCCUGCUAAGAAAACACCGGCUAAAAAAGAAGAUAAGUCUCCUAGAGGACGGAAGCGUAAAAGUGAAACAAAAGUAAAAUCAGAAAAUCAAAGUAAUGGCGAUGCUUCGACCGCUGAAGGUAACGGAAAUAUUAGUGAAGAUGAAAGUGCCCUUGUUAUUGCUGAUACUACUACUCCAAAGAAAAGUCGUAAAUCGCAAGAAUCUGAAGGUACUGGCAAAAAGUCAUCUAAAGCGCUUAAAGUAACAAUAUCUGCUAAAUCUCUUAAAGUCACAAUAUCAACUAACACACCAAAAGACAGUAAAACACCUAAAACACCUAAAUCAACAAAAUCUAAAGAAACAUCUCCAAGGAAGCGACCAUCAUCUACUCUUGAUGAAAAAUCAGAAGCCUCUGCAACUCCUAAAAGACCUCGUAAAUCGACUAGUAAAGAGAAUGGACAUGUAGCUGAAAAUGAGAAGAACGAGAAUCACGAAGGAGAUAAAAGAAAAGAUAAAGACAAAGAGAAGAGUAAAGAGAAACAAAAGUCAGCCGAGAACGAGAAAAGUAAAGACAAGACUCCAAAUAAACGCAAAAGUGUGGUACAACAAAUGGAUACUGUUGAAUCAGAAGAAACACGGAUCAGUGAGGAUGCUUCUUCUAAUAGUGAGGUUGAAUCAAAUGAAAAUAAAGAAGAAAAUGAUCGAGUAUGUGAACAAUGUUCAGAAGAGGCUAUUGAAGAUUAUAUCCAAUGUACCGGACCUUGCCUUCGAAUCUACCAUAACAAUCACGUACCUAAAACUUUUAAUCACGAAAGUAUACAAUGUUUCGAAUGUGCCUCAAACACUCAUCUUUGUUUCAUCUGUCGAUCUCAUUCGCCCGAUGUUAAAAAGUGUUCAGAUGAUAAGUGUGGAAAAUUCUACCAUGUUAAAUGUUUACAAGAAAGUUAUCCUCAUAAAAUGAUAAAGGACGAUAAUAACGAAGGUUUUACUUGUCCCUUACAUUUUUGUCUCACCUGUUACGUUGAACACCAAGACGAUCAAUGUCAUGGUUUCAUGAAAAAACGUCUUCUAAGAUGCCUUAAAUGUCCUACUGCCUACCAUUUAACCGAUGCAUGUUUGGCUGCUGGAAGUAUUUCCCUUUCCUUUUCGUACAUUAUCUGUCCUGAGCAUAUUCCAUCUAGAGCCUCAAAACAUGUUACUGUCAAUUGGUGUUUCUCUUGUAACCAAGGCGGUAGUUUAAUCUGCUGUGAAAGAUGUCCUGCAGCCUUUCACCAAGCAUGUUUGGAAACUCCUUUACCAGAAGGAAGCUUUUUCUGUGGUGAUUGUUUAGUUCGCAAACAACUACAUUAUAAUGAUAUUGUAUGGGUUAAGUUUUGUGGAUAUCGUUGGUGGCCUGGUAAAGUUUGCCACCCUAAGAAUGUGCCUGACAACGUAAUGAACCUGCCUCAUUCUCGUGGUGAAUUUCCUGUUUACUUUUUCGGAAGUCAUGAUUACUACUGGAUUAAUCGAGGCAAAGCCUUCCAUUUUGUUGAAGGAGAUCUCAAUAAAGCUCCAGCUCUAUCUAAAAGCUCUAAAAGCAAAGAUUUUAAAGAUGCUAUAACUGAAGCUAUUGAAGCUUUCACCUCAUGGCAAGAAGCUAGACGAAACGCUGAUAAUAGCCGUAAAAUCAAACCACCGCCCUACGUUUAUUUGAGGUGUAACAAGAGAGUUGGUAAAGCUCCCAAGAAUUCUCUUAAAGAAGACGAUGAUACAGAACCAAUCGUUUGCUCUUGCAAAUCGGACGCCGAAAGUCCUUGCGGUAUCGAUGAAGAUUGCUUCAACCGAUUAACUCUUAUUGAGUGUGAUCCUAGCCGCUGUAAUGCCGGAGAUAAAUGUCAAAAUCGUCGUUUCCGCAAAAGAGAGUAUGCUAAAGUUUCGCCUUUCAAGACCGAGAGUCGUGGCUGGGGCCUUAGAGCUCUCCAGGAUAUAAAAAAGGGUAGUUUCGUUAUUGAAUACGUUGGAGAAUUAAUAGACGAAGCCGAAUGUGAAGCUAGAAUAAAGACAAUGAUUGAAAAAAAUGAUUGCAAUUUCUAUUUUCUCACUAUUGACCGAGAAACAAUCAUUGACGCUGGACCUAAAGGCAACUUAGCUAGGUUUAUGAAUCAUUCAUGUUCGCCAAAUUGUGAAACACAAAAAUGGCUUGUUGGUGGAGUUACCAGAGUUGGACUUUUUGCUAUCCAAGAUAUACCGAAAGGUACUGAGCUGACUUUUAACUAUAAUCUUUGCUGCCGUGGUAAUGAAAAGACAGUAUGUAAUUGUGGAGCUAAAAAUUGCAGUGGCUUCCUGGGUGUUAGACCUAGUAAACUCCCAGAGGAAGAGUCUUCUAAGAAAGCAGCCAAGCCAGAAAAACCGAAACCUAAACCGAAUAAUACUAAAAAAGAAUUUGAAAGUUUUCAUGAGGAUGAAUGUUACAAAUGCGGAGAAGGAGGUGAACUAAUCAUGUGUGAUAAACGUAAAUGUCCGAAGUCGUAUCACUUAUCUUGUUUGAAAUUGCCUAAAUUGCCUCGUGGACUUUGGUUCUGUCCUUGGCACCAUUGUGACGAAUGUGGUAAAAACGCUUCGAAAUUUUGUGACCUGUGUCCCACAUCUUUCUGUAAUGAUCACGGCACUAACUUAUUGAACAAAAAUGAUAAAGGCAAGCAAAUUUGCUACGAGCAUCUAGAUGAUGUAGAGAAAGACGUAAUGCCGUCAAAACGUUCAAAGUCGUCACGUGAAACGAAAUCAAAUGGUGAGGCUAAUCAUAAAGAAGAAAAGGCUGAAGAGGCUAAAACUCAAGCUCAGCUAAAUAUCAAAGAAGAACCAAAGACAAAUGAACAAAUAUCAAAACCUGAAACAAUUGAAGAAGCACAAAAUCCCGAAAAUCAAGAUGAAAUAGACUCACAGGAAGCUGAGCAUCCGAAAAAGGAGGAAUCGGUAAAAGAACAGACGGAAGAACAAGAACUGGAAAAGCCAAUUGAAACAGAAGAAACUAUAAAUACGGAAGAAUCGCCAGUAGUAAAAACUGAAGAGAUAACUCGAACAGAUACAGAAGUACAAUCAGAUGAGAAUGUAGAAAAAAUCGAAGAAGACCAACCAGUCAAAGAAGCUCAACCGGUCGAAGAAGUUCAAUCAGUCGAAGAAGUUCAAUCAGUUGAAGAAGUUCAAGCAACCGAAGAUAACCAACCUGUCGAAUCAGUUGAAUCUACCGAAGAAGUGAAACCUGUCGAAGAGGUAAAUGCUGUCGAAGAGGUAAAACCUAUCGAAGAGGUGAAACCUGUCGAGGAAAUUCAACCUGCCGAAAAAGUUCAACCUGUUGAAGAAAAGGAAACUGUCGAAGAAAAUCAACCUGUAGAAGAUCAAGCAGUUGAAGAAAAUUCAGUUAAAGAAGAAAUUCCAGUAACAGAAGUAACCUCAAUUAAAGAAGAAAAAUCAGUCUUAGACCAGCCAAAUGGAGAGGAGAAUGGACUUAUAAAGCACGAGGAGGAACAACAAAAAUGAAAAUAGAAUCAAAUUUUUUAUCUAAUGAUUAUCUUUUUCCAAAUCAUGCUCAGAUAUUUCAAAUAUUAAUUCCCUGAGUCUGCUCAGAAUGUAAUUUCUAUUUCAUUUAAAUCAUUUGCCUCUUGACUUAUCAGCUUAUUCUAAGCAACAAUUAUCAAUACGCUUUGAAUCGCAAGCUUAUCUAAAAAAAAGCUUUAUUUUCAACUUAAAUCGAGUCCAUUAAGAAUAAGACAAUUAAAUCACUUUAUGAUUUGCAGACUAAAACAACGUAAAAAACGGAAUAAACAAAGAUUACUCUGA